GUUUGCACUGGGAGGGGGAAACCGGCCCUCUCGGCAGGAAGGGGCGUCCGCUGUGGCAGGUCUUGCUGACACCCCCCCCCCCAUUUCCCACCCAGGCGCCCGGUGGGGUUGAAGGGCCAUGGGGCGCCCUGCGGCUCCCCUGCUGCUGCUGCUGCUGCACCUCGUGCCCCCCUCGUCCCCCUGCUUCACCGUGCUGCCUGAUGCCUCCACCAACCUGAACCUGACCAACAGAAACCAACCGUGCACCGAGCUGGACUGGGGCCUCUUCCAGCGGCAGAGCCAGCUGUGGCUGAGCCAUAACCGCAUCGAAGCCCUGAGCCCCUCAUCCCGCCUCGAGCCGAGGCUGGAGGAGCUGGACCUGUCGUACAACCGGCUGCGGGACCUGCCGGCCGCCUUCCUGAGCCGAGCGCAGGGGCUGCGGCAUCUCCAGCUGCAGCACAACAUGCUGCGGGAGCUGCCCGACGGCUUCUUCGCCAACGCCACGGCUCUGGAGACCCUGCAGCUGGACGGCAACCCCCUGCGCGCCGUGCCCCCCACCGCCUUCCAGGCCAGCCUGCGCCUCCUGGCCGUGCCGUGCCGCUGCGACGUGGUGGGCAGCGUCCUGGCGCCCUGCGCCUGUUCCUGGCCCAACUGCACGGUGCCCCAGUGCCGCUGCAUCACGUCCCAGCACGAUUCCUUCAACGUCACCGAUUUCCACGCCCAGGAAUGCCGGCACGGUGUGGCACUGGUGGCCGGCUCGGUCGGGGCCGCCGGUGCGGUGGCUGUGCUGAUGGUGGUCAUCGCCGUCGUGGUUUGCCGGCAGAGGAAAGCGUCCGCCGCUGCCGUUGGUGCGGGAUGGAGUAAGCGGGAACCCACCGCGGCCCACGGGCAGCCCCGCUACAUCAGCCGGACCACCGAGAUCGGCACCGGCGAUGCCGCUGCUGCCACCGCACCAGACUAUGAGAAUGUCUUCAUGAGCCCCUGCGCCGCCACAGCCACCGCACAGGGCUGGACGCCGGGAUGGCAGGAGGAGCAGCAUAGCCCCCAGGUCCCGGUGGACGAUGACUAUUUCCUGGAGAGCGAGGCCGACCCCGGGGACCAGCCCAUCUACGCCAACACGCAGAGCCUCGGCGAGGACAACGUCUACAUCAUCCCCAAUCAGUGAGGGGCCAGGGAGGGGGGCCCGGGGGGGCUCUGGGGGUGAAGCUCCGACUUCCACGGAUGCUUCUCCCCGGGGCUUUUCCUGGUGGCCCCCCAGCCCAGAGGGGACGGGGAUGGGUGCUCCCCAUGGCUGAAGGCUCCGUGGGUCUCCCCACGGCUGGGCUGGGGACAUGCGUGGUCCCCACGCACGCAUCCUGCCUGGGGCACCUUUCUCUGGGGGAGGUCUGUGUGUAUUUUUACCCCCCCCCCCGUUCCUCCCCGGUCCCCUCCUUCGCCCCAGUUCCCACCACGGGGCGAGGGCUGAGGGCUUGCGCUUCCUCCACGGGGCCAAGUGGCCACUGACUGCGGGGACACCUCAGCGCGGCAUCCGCCGGCAGCCGGCACGCCGGAGCCUUCCCGGCCGGGGACACACGUGGGGCCCCCCCGGGGCCAUCUGGCAGAGUGGGGCGGGGGGGGGGGUGUGGGGCAACCGCAGCGCAUGGUUCCUCUUCCCCUUUCGGCUGCCGAUGGAGAGUGUCAGGGUGUACGUGCGUUUGGGGACACGCCGUGGUUGGGGACAUCCGGGCACCGGGACCAACCCCCCCCUCCCCUUUUCCUGCACCCCCUCCUUUUCCUGCUAAAUCCGCCAAUUUGGGGAGCAUUUUUUUUUUUGUGUUACUCCCCGAGCCCAUCGCUACGAGGUUGUGCACCCCAAAGGGACCGGCAGACACGGGGUCUGGGUGCCCCCCCGCCACCAGCUCUGCGUGGGUCCCCUGAGCUCCGGCCCUUGCAAUGCUGCGCCGUAUCCCAUUAAAUGGUUUAAUUAUCUUAAA